AAGUUUUAAGGUUAAAUUUUCAUAAUUCGUCAAAAAAAGGGUAAAUGCAAAACUACUAAAAUAAAAUAUACUUCAGCACAAACAUUUUCAAAUUUAAUUAAGAAGAACUUAAAUAAGAAUCAUUUUAACUUAUAAGCAAAUCUGCACAUAUGGAGAUAUUUGAAAAUCUUGAUUGGAUACCCAAUUUAGAAGAUAUGUUAAAUGAUAAAUUUCUAAAUGAUGAACGCUUGAAGAAUGAAAGUUCAAUUUAUAAUAUUUUAAAUGGAAAUUUUUACGAUCCAUUUUAUGAUAUCAAGCCACCUGAUUACAAACCAAUACAAGAAAAGAUCCAGAAAAACCAAAAAACCAAUACUAGCAGCAGCGAGAAACGUAGUGUAAAGAAGAAAAAGUUUAAAACAACAAAGAAAAAGAAAAAGAAAGAUUCUUAGUGUGCAUACAGAUUAAUUGUAAGAAACAAUUGUUUAAUGUAACUAGCUUAAAAUCAAAUUUCAUUGAAUAAUUGUACUUUUGCAUUUAAAAAUA